AUGCCAUUUGUAGAAAGGGUGAAAAAAUUAGGUAUAAUCCGUGAAAUUAGAUGUGGUUCUUAUAGACAGAGGGAAGUAGAAAUUUUAGGGAGCAUAGGAAUAAAUAAUUCUUCAGUCAGGAGAGGUAUUCCUAUGGGUAUUGGGAAGGAUGACCCAAACCAAAGUCCAAUGAAAACAAAAUUCAAACUUUUGAGUGUUAAAUUAAAAUUAAAUGAUAUCGACACGGAUGUGUCUGAUUCUUCUGAUUCAGAAAAUGACAGUUCUCCAGAUGAAUCAACGAAAGACCUAAAAUUACAGAAAGGCAUUGUGCUUGAGAUGGGUAAUUUUUCUAUUUCUGUAUGUCUGUUUAUGUACAAUGAUCCUGAUACCUCUGAAGCAAGUGUAGUGCCUAGAGAUCCGAGGUUCGAUGACAUGUGUGGCACUCUGAAUAAGCACUAUUUCAGACAGGCAUACUCUUUCAUCGGCAAUAUAAAAGUCAAUGAGAAGCAGGCAAGAUAUUUUUUUACCCUCAUACUAAAUUUUAAUUAA